GGGGGGUCGGGCGGGGAUGUGUCGGGAAUGAGGAAGAGCGAGAUGUUGAACUUCAUUGUGUAUGGGACACGUGGCUGACACGUCCGGGUAGUGGUAAAGUCGAUCGGCCGUUUCCGGUUCACGCUAAACCAAUCAAAUCAGAGCAAGCCGAUUGUGGUGGUGGUGGUGGUGGUGUGGGGGAUGAAAUGGACUACUACUACUACUACUGUGUCGGAUGUUAUUCGGAUCGUGAACCCACUCCGUUUGUUUUAAGCCGGUCAUCAACCGACGCGGGAAAUGAGAAGAUCAAGAGUGCCACAUCCAACCUGCUCGAUCGAGUACGAACUCCAAGUCGAAAUUGUUCCGCAGUGAGUGGAACAAGUCCCUUACUGAUUAAUGGUGAACAGAACGGUUCAGCCGGUUCGGGUUUUAUGGAACCAUCCAGUCCCCAGACAAGUCCGUUUCGAUUUGUGUUCGAUGACGAACCAAAUCAUCCCGGAAUGGUCCCGUUCAACCGAACAACUCCCUAUUUAAAUCCAUUCAAAAGUGGUACUUUGUCGAUUGAUGAACGCCGAUGCGAACAGCAGGUCUACUCAUCUCAUCUAUCCACAGACCCGUUAGAUUUGGCCAAUUCGGAUGCAUCACGUGAUCUCGCCAGUGGUCACAUAUUCUCCGGCUUUCCCACACGUGCGAACAAUAAGUACAAACGCGCACACCCGUACGAAUCGACUGACGUAAACUGUUCCAACCCAUUCAGUUUGCCGAUUCUGGAUGUCACUCGAUCGGCAGUCUGUCAGACAGGGAAUUCUGAUUAUCCUCAAACCUAUCUGAACGGUGCGUCUGGACAAUGCUGCAGUCCGACCAGUGAACCAUCCCCGAAUAGUCGAACCAAUUGGCGCAGUCAGGGUAGGUGGGCGAAAUUCUUUUUGCGAUUAAUGUGUGUAUUCUGUAUUUUCUUACGGGGUUUGUGA